AAUGUAACGUUAACCUGCUUUAAACCUCCGGUUGACUUUGUCCGUGAGGACGUUGUACACAUGCGCAAUGUGUCGCGAGCGCUCAUUUAUUGGCGCCAGCGCCAACUGGAGAUAAGUUUAACCAGAGCUCGGAACCGAGGCGCUAAGCUGCUCUCAGUCGCCAUAACUCGUCUCUACACGUCUCCACCUUUCCCUCACACCUCUGUCCAGACAAGAAGCGGCCACAAACAUGUCCAGACGAAGUGUUCGGCUGCAGAAAUCUGAAAAUGUUCCAGGCCACAGGGGCAAACAAAGCAACAGAAAAAGAGUCCCGCCCCUGUCCAAGCUGCAGUGUGAGGAGAACCAGCUGGUUCCCGACGCCGUCGCCGAGCCGUCCUCUCUCACCGAGGCGGCUGAGAAGCGAGUGAGGAGCGUCCGUGGUGACGCCGCCCCCCCCUCCACAGAGUCUCCACUGCACCCGUCGCCUCUGCCUCAUCUCGGGUGGGGAUCUCCUGCAGACGUGUGGGACAAGAUGGGCGUCAAGGAGCAGAGCUACAGGCACAGCAAGAGCUUCAUGCGGAGGCAUCCCGCGCUACGACCCCGGAUGAGAUCGGUUCUCCUCGACUGGUUGAUUGAGGUGAGCGAGGCCUACACCCUCCACCGGCAGACGUUCUACCUGGCCCAGGACUACUUUGACCGCUUCAUGCUGACGCAGGACAACGUGGAGAAGGGCCUGCUGCAGCUCAUCGGGAUCACGUGUCUCUUCAUCGCGUCAAAGAUGGAGGAGGCCAGUCCUCCGAAGCUCUCCCAGAUGGCCUCUGUGACGGCAGGGACCUACUACGAAGAGGAGAUCCUUCAGAUGGAGUUAAUCAUUUUGAAGGCGCUGAGCUGGAACCUCUGUCCCGAGACGAGCGUCUCGUGGCUGAAGCUUUACUUCCAGGUGGCGUCGAUGAGCGCCGGCUCCGACCUGCUGCAGCCGCAGUUCCCACAGGGCGCUUACGUGGAAAUGACGCGGCUGUUGGACCUGUGUAUCCUCCACAUAAACGCUCUGGACUUUGAGUAUAGGGUGCUGGCCGCCUCCGUCCUGAGCCACUUCACUCAAAGGGAAACGUCUGAGAGAGUUUCAGGUCUGCCGCGCGACGCCCUCCAGCGGUGCGUGGACUGGAUGGCGCCCUUCGUGGAGUCGGUGAACGGGUUCGGCGGAGCGCCGCUCAAGGAUUUCGUCGGCGUGAAGGAAGAAGACCGACACGACGUCCAGACGCACACGGACUACAUGAGCAUGCUGGACGCCGGUCAAGAGGAACACAGCCGGUUCCUCACGCCUCCCAACAGCACGGAGAAAAGCUGCACGCGCUGACGAAGAGGAAGACCGGGGCGCUGCGAAGAGGACGCGGGAAGUGAAGGUCCACGGAGACCGGGUCAACCGGGACUAACGGACCGACCGCUUUACCGGGAACACGGAGUCUGGAUGGUUAUUUAUUUCAAGCCUGCUGACGUGAACUGUUCCACCGUUACAUCACAGGAGGAUAUUUAAGAUUUUUACAUUUUGACCAAAGCUGUUUUUUCUUUAGGUGCUUUAAAAAAAAAAAAAUCUUCAGAAAAGGAGGAAAAAAAGUGCAUUUUAAUUCUAAGAAAUGUUAGAUUACUGAAAGUGAUGUGCAAUCGUUUACUCUUCUAGCAUAUGAAAUAUGUUUCUAGCCGACAGAUUCAAAAACCUGGUCUUCAUCAGGGCUGAGGGGAUUCUGCAGAGCAUUGAUCGUGUUAAUGAUCACAAGUAUACAAGACAAACUGUAUUUAUUUUCUACAACAAAAUAAAAAAUAUACACCCCA